UUGGGCUGAUCAUUAAUAGGGCAAUAGAAAAAGAAACUCAGUUUGAACUUCACCUGGAGCAUUUGGUCUCCCCUUCUCCCCACAUUAAGAAGGAGGGGGAUGUUUACCUGCCCUCUGCUGCACUCCAAGGUCUCCCCUAUGAAGGCAACUUGCUGGAUCCUGGCAGGUCUUUACCUGCUUUCCUGCUGCAAGGCAGAAGAGGGACUGAACUUCCCCACUUAUGAUGGGAAAGACCGAGUGAUCGACCUGAACGAGAAGAACUACAAGCAGGCCCUGAAGAAGUAUGACAUGCUCUGUCUGCUCUUCCAUGAGCCGGUGAGCUCUGACAAGGUCUCCCAGAAGCAGUUCCAGAUGACAGAGAUGGUCCUGGAGCUGGCGGCCCAGGUCCUGGAGCCCAAGAGCAUUGGCUUCGGGAUGGUUGACUCCAAGAAGGAUGCCAAACUUGCCAAGAAGUUAGGCUUGGUUGAAGAGGGAAGUCUCUAUGUCUUUAAGGAAGAGCGGUUGAUUGAAUUUGAUGGGGAACUGGCCACAGAUGUCUUGGUGGAAUUCCUCUUGGAUGUGCUAGAAGACCCUGUGGAGGUCAUAAACAGCAAGCUGGAGCUUCAGGCCUUUGACCGAAUCGAUGAGGAAAUCAAACUCAUUGGCUACUUCAAAGGAGAAGACUCUGAACAUUACAAAGCAUUUGAAGAAGCUGCUGAACACUUCCAGCCCUACGUCAAGUUCUUUGCCACCUUUGACAAAGGGGUUGCCAAGAAGCUAGGUCUGAAGAUGAACGAGGUGGACUUCUAUGAACCAUUUAUGGAUGAGCCUGUUCACAUCCCUGAUAAGCCUUACUCAGAAGAGGAGCUGGUUGAAUUUGUGAAGGAGCACAAAAGGGCCACCUUGCGGAAGCUGCGCCCAGAGGACAUGUUUGAGACAUGGGAGGAUGACAUGGAGGGAAUUCACAUCGUGGCCUUUGCAGAAGAAGAUGACCCAGAUGGGUUUGAGUUCCUGGAAGUCCUGAAGCAGGUUGCCAGGGACAACACCGAUAAUCCUGACCUGAGCAUUGUCUGGAUUGACCCUGACGACUUCCCUCUGCUCAUCACCUACUGGGAGAAGACCUUCAAGGUUGACCUGUUCAAGCCACAGAUCGGGGUGGUGAACGUCACAGAUGCUGACAGCAUCUGGAUGGACAUCAGAGAUGAUGAUGACCUGCCCACAGCAGAGGAGCUGGAGGACUGGAUAGAAGAUGUGCUUUCUGGGAAGAUAAAUACUGAAGAUGACGAUGAUGAUGAUGAUGACGAUGACGAUGAUGAUGACGAUGAUGAUGAUGAUGACGAUGAUGAUGACGACGAUGACGACGAUGAUGAUGAUGAUGAUUAACUGUGACUCUGUGCAGUUUGACUUGUGGGGGCCCAGAGCCCUCCCCUUUCGGCAGGUCCCUCCAUUGGAAGGCCUGUGCUUGAGCAUCAGCAAGCACCGAUGCUCUUCUUUGCCCCCUGCCCUGCUCCCCCUGCCCCUGCCUCUGCCCUUGCUGGGACCCCCCAGCCUGAUUCUCAGUGGUGCUGAGCCACCAGGACUGCCCCUGCAGGCACCCAGCACCGCUGCAAAUCAUGCCUCCUUAGAAAGGACAAUAGGAAUCUGCCCUGAGCAUCCCAGGGUGAGAGAAAAGUGCCUGCCUGCUCACUGCCAGAGGAACACAGGAAGCCAUGUUGUGUUUUCCAUGCUCAUCGGCCCAGCACUUAACAUCCAAAGACCAAAUCUCACUUCAAGACACAGGGAAGGCCACUGUGACGUUUAGUCCUUUUAUUAAACACAAUGAAUACCCUUUGCAGCUUACUCUGCCAAGACCACUCAAUCCUGCAGGUUCUGCUGCAGGAGUCUGUAGCUGCUCACUAACAGCUUAAGAGCAGCAAAAAGCUUUGGGAAAGGAGAAGGGGUUUAGAUUCUAUUUAAGUUUUCAGUGAUUCCACAUAAUGACAGGAUA